AAUGGUUUAACAGCUCUACACUUAGCCAGUAAAAAAGGACACGUAGAUAUUGUAGAAACUUUGUUAGAAAGAGGUGCUGAUAUUCACGCUGUAACUAAGAGAGGGAACACAGCUUUAAGCAUGGCUAGUUUGGCAGGUCAUCUCAAUGUGGUCAAAUUGCUGAUUGCUAAUUUCGCUAAACUCAACACCCAAUCUCAAUCUGAAGAUGACAGAUCUAAAUCACAACGAGCAAAAUCUUCGAAAAAACGGCACCAAUCAGACGAACGUGAUUCAUCACCACAACAACGUAAACAUCAAUCACCACAUAGCGAGAAAGAGGAAGAUUCUUAUCAACAGUCCAGCACUCAACGCAACGGCUCACGUAAAAAACAUUCCAAAAAAUCAAGGCAUAGAGAUAGUGAUAAUUCAGAAAGGUCAUCACCAAGGAGAUCGAGGGGGGAUAACUCUCGUAGUAAAAGCAGACGUGAAUCUUCAUCAAGAAGCAGAAGUAGAGAAUCAACUCCAGUUAAAAAAGAUUGUAAAGAAAAACCAUCCAGACGGAAUGACAGAAAGAAAGAGGACACAUACCAGACGUCUGCAUUUCCAAAAGUUGGCAGAAAUGAUUUAAUAGAUGACCUUAGUGAUAGGUCAUCACCACGGCAACUGACUGAUGAUGAUAAAUAUGAACAGUCAACAAGGAGAAAGGAGAAGAGAAGUCCUAGGUCAGAUACAAGCAGUAGAAUUUCUACACCCAGGAAACAAUAUUCUGAUUCAGAAGAUGGAGACAGAUCUCAAAAUUCAGAUAAAAAUAAUUCAUAUAAUGAAGAUCAGAGGAACCUAUAUUACAAUGAAGAUGUCUCACCAAGAUCUAGAAAUAUACAUUUUGAAGAUGAGAUACCAAUAGAUAGUAACCAGUCAUCUGAUAGGAGUAAAACAUCGAAGAAAUCCACAACAAGGAAAGAUCCUCAAGAUUUAUAUGCUCAGAUUAAAAGUGAAAUGUUAAAAAGUUAUAAAGAUUUAAACAGAAAAACAGCGAAAAAUAUGCCUGAUCCUUUUCUGUUUACAGAGAAUGGAAAAUUUAUCAGUCUUCGUUAUUCUAUAGAACAGCCAGUUACAUCGUUGGUUCUCUACAUGACAUCAUUUGCUUGGUUACGUCGAGCAAAUGGCGGCUUGUUACACAAUAAAUAUGACAGCUCCAAAUCCUCCACCUACAAGGCUAACGGCACUAAAUUCGCCAUCCAAUAUGGUACUGGAUCUUUAACUGGUUUUCUGAGUACUGAUGAUGUUACA